AUGCUUAAACAAAUCAAUGUGAUUCUCAUUUGUUAUAUUUGUUUUCUAUUGUUUGUUGUUGAUCAAGGUGCCGGCAAAACUAAAACAAAAAGAUACCUUGGCUUCCGAAAUGUCUCACGGUUUUUCUUACGAAUAAAUCAUAAAGCCAAUAUGGUGCGUUGGAACCAGAUCUUUGCGCAGGCGCUAGGAUUCCGCAUGAACUGGGACGAUCCUCCAGAUACAUUUCAUUGGUACCAUCACUUUACCAGACGAAGUUUAUAUAAUGGCGUGGAGUUACUAUUAGAUAGCAAUGGCUUGAGUGGUUACCAUUGCGUACGAAGAGCUGUCUGCGAAAUGAACAAGAUCUCCGAUCCCUAUUUACUGUAUCAUAAGAUAUUAAAAAUAAUUUUUAGAAGGCAACAGGAGCUAGAGAAGUGGUAUAACCAUACAAAAGAAGACUGCAUUUCCUCCAUUAACUCCUGUCCUUUCUCUUUUCUAGAUAUAUCGCCUUAUACAGACCUUUAA